CGAAUGCGAAGGCAGGGACUGAGGGGAGAGAGAGAGAGAGAUGGGAGGAGAAGCACUGAGCGCAUACAGAACGCUGCUGAGAGCGACGCGGAAAUCGUUCGCUGGCGACACGGUUAUGCUGAAGGCUUCGGCUGUUGAGAUCCGAAAGCAUUUCGAGGACAACCGAAACGUCACCUCCCAAUCCGAAAUUCAGGGUCUUCUCGAGUCUGCUCGCGAAGCUUCCCAUUUCAUAUCCAACAUGAUCGUUCAAGCCAAACUCAACUCCCGUGGCGGUUACGAAGUGAAGCCGAGUAAAGACCAUGCAGGAGGAACUCUUGAGAUACCUUCUGAAGAUAUUCUUAAAAGCUCUGGAGAAUGAGUGCAGAUGGGAAUACAAAAGGUGCUGAAUCAUCUCAGUUCUUAUAUUAGAUAAUUGAUCUUGUGAUGUUUCUAUUAAGAACUUGUCAGGGAUUUUUUUGCCCCUUUCUUCAGGUCUAAUCAAUCUUUUCAUUUUUGUUCAAGUAACUUUACUUUUUAUUUUUUAGUUUUAAUGGCUGUUCCAUUUGGCUGCCGAAAACCUACGAAGUAGCUAUCAUUUGUUGUUAUGUAUCCUUGCCUAGCCAUGACUAUAAGGAUUUUGCCUUAUAGGUUAAACUUCAAUCUUGUCAUAUCACGUGUUUUAUGGAAUAACUUUUUCUUGAUAA